UGAUGAAGAAGAGCUGCCCUCAGAUGUGGACCGCACUGAGCUUCAGACAACCUUACAUAUCUUGACAAGCAAGCUGGAAAAUCUUGGUAUCUGUAAUGACCUCAUUUCAAAACACAGCACAACACUUCAACGUGGUUUGAGUGACCUCGAGGCCAUCCAAGAUCCAACGGAGGCAGUAAACAAGCUCAAAAGUAUCAAUGAAAGAGCCACGCUAUUCAGGAUUACUUCAAACGCCAUGAUUAACGCCUGUGGGGAGUAUUUGGAGCUAGCCCAGGCCCAAGGACGCAAGUGGCAAAAGGCACUACAGUAUGAGAGAGAUCAAAGACUGCGAUUAGAGGAUACAAUUGAAACACUGGCCAAACAGCACAACUCAUUGGAACAAGCCUGUCGGGAGAAGGGACGUCAAGACCAAAAGAGUGCCAAAGGAAUAGAUGCAGAUGAUGAUGAUGAAGAAAAUGAAUUUUAUGAUGCCACAGAAGAUUUUACAUCAGUUCAACUUGUACCAAGUGUGAAAGGUCACAGCCGAACCGGUAGUGACAUCAGUGGUAAUAGCAUAGGAAGUACCGAAGGAGACAGCAGGCUGGGGGAACAGUCAAGCACUGAUGAUCCCAUGAUGCAAGACAAACACAGUAACAAAGAUUCCAGUGGCUAUUGGUUAAAGCCGAAUUCUGCUAAGACUGGUGGAGUGCGGAGGAAGACCAUCCAAACCAAGCCAACUGCUGGUCUGAAUUUAUGGAGUAUCAUUAAAAAUUGCAUUGGGAAGGAACUCUCAAAGAUUCCUGUACCAGUGAACUUCAAUGAGCCCUUAUCUAUGCUGCAAAGAUUGGCUGAAGACUUGGAAUAUGCUGGUAUGCUACACUCAGCAGCUGAGUGUAAGACGACAGUAGAAGAAAUGUGCUUUGUUGCCGGUUUCACCAUUGGUGCCUAUGCAUCUACUGCAGUCCGCAACACAAAACCCUUCAAUCCACUCCUAGGGGAGACCUAUGAGUUUGACCGGUCAGACGAUUUAGGUUGGAGAGCACUUUGUGAACAGGUGAGUCACCACCCUCCAGCUGCUGCAAUCCAUGUGGAAGCUAAAGACUGGAUUCUGUGGACAGACAUUACCAUUGCUAGUAAAUUCAGAGGGAAAUACCUUCAAGUCUUCCCUCAAGGAAUUAUACAUAUACAGUUCCGGCAAUCAGGAAGUCACUACACAUAUCGAAAGGUUACUUCUACAGUGCACAACAUCAUUGUUGGAAAGCUGUGGGUGGAUCAGAGUGGAGAAUGUGAAGUUGUGAACCACACUACCAAGGAAUGUUGCAGAAUCAACUACAAACCGUACAGCUAUUUUUCUGGAGACACACCUCGAAAGGUGACUGGUGUGGUAACAGAUGCUUUUAGCACAGCCAAGUACAUUCUGUCUGGGACAUGGGACCACAAAAUGGAAUAUGCAAAGGUUCUGCACACUUCUGUGGAUAAGAGCAGUAGAGGAAAGCCACUUUAUCAGACUGCCCCACCAAAACUAUUGUGGCAGAAAAAUCCUCUUCCACCCAAUGCAGAGAACAUGUAUAACAUGACCAGUUUCUGCAUAACUAUGAAUGAAACAGAAGAGGACGUAGCACCAACUGACACACGUAAUCGGCCAGACCAGCGGCUCAUGGAGGAGGGAUUAUGGGAUGAUGCAAAUAAGGAGAAAGUACGCUUAGAGGAGAAGCAAAGAGCAACAAGGAGAAAAAGAGAGGCGGAGGCAGCAGCAGCUGCAGAAGCAGGCAAACCCUUUGAUAGCUACAAGCCAAUAUGGUUCGACAGGAAGAUGGACCCACUGACCAAGACUGUCACUCACAUAUAUAACAACAGAUACUGGGAGUGUAAAGAAAAAGGGGAAUGGUCAGAAUGCCCUGAUAUCUUUUAGAACCAAUGGAAGUCUAAAAUGCUUCCUGUAUACGAGAUCUGAAGGUUUGUUUUAUUUACACUGUAAUUGUAAUCGCCCGUAUGGCAGUGAAAUUAAAUAGUAUGCACAGCCGGCAGUUGUGUUGAUGCUGCAAACCGUGCAGUAUUCCUUCCAACUGUAAAUACAUCACUUGAAUUGAAUUGGCAAGCCAGAUUUACCGUAAAGUUUGUACCUGUCUGGAAUACUUCCUGUUAACAUAUUAAUUGUUGGGCAAACAAUAUUAGAUGUGAUGUUUAAGUUAGCAACAAUAAUGAAACAAAUUAGUGAAUUUUAUUAAUUUUGAACAGAAUAAGUGUUUUGCAACCGGUUGUUGGCCCAGCUUUUGAUCCGCAAGGUGUUUGGAGAACUCUGACCUAAAAUGAACUUGUGCCCUCUAAAUAAGUUCAUCUUUCAUCAACAUCUAGAAAUGAUGGAGUUAAAGCUGGUCAUAGAUCUAUUAAAAAUGAUUGGGGGGUUCAAUAAGUUACAGGAUGUGAGCUUCAUGGUAGUCAUUCACAGGGAUCAUCACAAUUAUCUAUAUCCUUUUCGGUGCAAAACUAGCUGUUCUAGGGUUUUUUGCUUUUUCUUUGGGACUUUGAGUGCUCCUACAAAAUUCACAAAAGUUCUGAAGCCAGUUGCUGCUCACUAGGAAUUUAAUUGUUGAAGUAUACUGAGUUUAAAAGAAUAAAUAUUUUACAUUGAUUCUUUUAUUUCAUUUAGGUGUUAUACUUUGCUUAUAUCAUGUAGCUAGCCCUUUACAGAAUAUGUUUAAUCUGUAACACAUUUGGUUAAUACUUUGUGAAAAAAGUUGUUUAAAUGAACCAAAAUUCCAGAAUCUUCAUAUUAAUCCAGAAGCUUACAAUAUACACCUUAAAUUUUGAGAUUGCUUGCAUAGUUACACUUCAGAAUCCAACUAUCUGUCAGUUGUAGUGAAUCAGGAAAGUAAUGCUUCUGUUUUGAUUUGUUGAAUUACUCAGAAAACUGUAUUGUUUUGUGUAUACUGAUUUGAAGACUCCAACAGUUUACCCUUUUUAUUCCAGCUGAUCAUGCAAAUUAAGAUGUUAUGCUUAUUUUAAUAUGUCUGAAAUAAAGCUGAAACUUUAUAUGACAUAAAUUAACUUAUCAAUAUCAAAACAAUUCUUAGUUUUUAUUACUAACAAUCUUGUCAGUUAGGACAAAGUAUUUCCAGUUGUCAAGCUACUUAACAGUGAUGAAAGUAAUUAAUUAAAGGUAUAUGUUAAUAUAAGAAUGCUAUAAAAGCUUAAUAUGUAAGCAAGUAGAUGAUGCAUUCGAACUGCAAAGUAAAUUGGGGACUUAAAAUAUUAAAAAGAAUCAUAACGUGUGCUGAAAAAGGAUGCCCAAGAUGAGGUACCUGACAGUAACAUACAUAUCAAGAACUAGGCCAUGUUUUCAUUCAGUGCAAAAAUUUAAACUACAUAAUCAAUCAGACCUUAAGUGGCAUGGUUUCAAAAUUUUGAUUGAUUUAAAAUGGUAUAUUAUUGAUGUACCCUAACAUGGCGUGGCCCCUAACGUGGCGCACUUUGAAUUUUUGUCUCUAGUGUCUUGUUGGAGCCAUAUUUUUAUCUCGAAUUUCAUGGAAAUGGAAAUUUUAAACAAAUUCCCGGUAUUCUGAUUCAUAAAUGUUGAUUUUACUGAUCCGCUACAAAGUUCCGAUGACAUUUUAUUUUGGCCUGAUUUUCCCCAAGUGCAAAAGGGAACUGUUUUAGUUCACCCAAAAAUACAAAAAUAACUGUCCUAUCAAACUUUUAGUUGGGGAUAUGAGUCGUGGUAAUAAUGAUGUAGUAGAGUUUAUCAAGUUUUAGGGACUUCGUAAAUGUCUCUGUGAGGUUUUAUAAGCUUUUUUUCAACUGCGCCACGUGAGGGGGUGGACAACUGAACUCUUAAUUCGGGUGAAAUUUCUUGACUCUGCAAAAGUUCACAAUGGUUUAAAAGCCUGCAACUUGAAUGUAAUAUUACCAAAAUUUAAUCAAGUGGAUUUGAAGUUUUUCAACAAAGAGGUUUGGCAACACUGUGAGGAAAGUCAAGUAAACUCAAUGCGCGCAAACGUUCUACUUAACAGAACUGUAAGUCACUACUUUAUGUGACUUCUGGCCCUUCAACUCUUUAUGGGUCCAUAAUGCUAUGGGUUUUGGAAUACAGUCCAGAUAUGUCAGAUCAGGGUACAUUAAUUUAUGUGAUAAUUCCGCUUUCUCAUCAAAUCCCCCCCCCAAAAAAAAGGCCGUUGGAACUGAUGCAUAUAUCUUUAAAUCUGAUGACCUAUGGUUUUACUCCAUGGUUUGAAAUAAAUUGCCGUAAAAUAAUUUAUCGAUGAUAUUCAUUGAAAAAAUAAAUUACCACACUGUGAUCAACA